UUACAGUUUUUAAGAGGUCAAAACAAAUAGGACGUUAGAUGAAAUUUAGAAAGUUCGAAUCACUUGAUUCGGUGAUCUUGAUGGAAUAGAUGAUCUCUUUCUAGAUCUCUUUCCGGGAUCUCUUUCCGAGAUAGAAAGAAAUAAAAACCAACAGUGGUCCCCACAAACUGUAAACAACAGCGAGGAGAGAGAGAGAGGGAGGGAGAGAGAGGGAGAGGAGAUCCACAGCCACAGGUCCAUCACCAUCAGAGCUCCUCCCAUCACAGAGUUUAAGGAGAAACCCAGAUUUUAAAGUUUGAAUCUUCAACUACCACUGCGACUUGGAGAACAAACCCAGAUUUUCUUUCGCCUUUUUGACCCUGUAAUUUUCUAAUUAAAGCCUCAUCAUUUGCUUUUUGUCAGUUAAAAAGUAGUGAUUACUUACUAAUUAAGUGUUUAAGCACAGUAGAGUAGAGUAGAGAGAGAGAGAGAGAGAGAGAGAGAGAGAGAGAGCUAGGUGAAAAAGGUGAGAGGAGGAGAAAAGCGAAAGCCACCGAAGAAUGAGACUCUGCACCACCAGCAGAGUCGGAGCAGCACAACAAAAGCAACAACUUCAUCAUACUCAGCAGCUUCUGCUUUUACUCACUGCUUCUGCUGGGAGUGCUUUUUCUGCAACUUGUAACGGUCAAAUUAAGUCAAGAUGGGGAACUGCGGGACGAGGGAGGAAUCAGCUGUGGUGACCAAUGCUCAAGUUCAGCAGCUGAGCACGCUGGCGUCUUCCGUGAAGAACGGCGGCGGUGAGAGGAAGCAGAAUCACAGCCGUUCGAUUUCAGAUCUGAGCGAUCCUUCGACGCCACGGAACUUCGAGGACGCGCGGAAGAAUGCGGUGCUGUACACGCACGUCAUCGCCUUCACGCUCUUCGAGCUCGAGACCAUCACCAAGAGCUUCCGCUCCGACUACAUUUUGGGGGAAGGCGGCUUCGGGACGGUGUACAAGGGCUACAUUGACGAGAACGUUCGGGUCGGGUUGAAAUCUCUGCCAGUCGCCGUCAAGGUCCUCAACAAGGAGGGCCAUCAGGGCCACCGCGAGUGGCUGACGGAGGUCAACUUCCUCGGUCAGCUCCGCCACCCCAAUCUCGUGAAAUUGAUUGGGUACUGCUGCGAGGACGACCACAGAUUGCUGGUUUAUGAGUUCAUGUUCCGAGGGAGCUUGGAAAAUCAUCUUUUCCGGAAGGCAACUGUUCCGUUAUCGUGGGGGACGAGGAUGAUGAUUGCUCUGGGAGCUGCCAAGGGGCUUGCUUUUCUUCACAAUGCCGAAAGGCCUGUGAUUUAUCGAGAUUUCAAGACUUCGAAUAUCUUGUUGGACUCUGAUUAUGCUGCCAAGCUUUCGGAUUUCGGGCUUGCUAAAGCUGGACCUCAAGGGGAUGAAACCCAUGUAUCGACUCGCGUUAUGGGUACCUAUGGAUAUGCAGCCCCGGAGUAUGUAAUGACUGGCCACCUGACUGCUAGGAGUGAUGUAUACAGCUUUGGAGUUGUUCUCCUUGAGCUUUUGACAGGAAGGAGAUCUGUUGACAAGACGAGACCAAGCAGGGAACAGAACUUGGUAGAUUGGGCGCGGCCAAAACUGAACGACAAAAGAAAGUUGCUACAAAUAAUCGACCCUAGGUUGGAGAAUCAGUACUCAGUCAGGGCAGCACAGAAAGCCUGCAGCUUGGCAUACUACUGUCUCAGCCAAAACCCCAAAGCAAGGCCCUUAAUGAGUGAUGUAGUUGAAACUUUGGAACCUCUACAAAGUUGCAACGAACCAAGUAACUCAACGGGAGGACCAUUUGCCAUGACCAGAAUCCCUGAGCACAGAAUGCGUCACAGGUUUUCUAACAAUGUAGGUCCUGGUGUUGUUUGUCGAUCACCCAACCCAAAUUUAUCGCCAGGAGGUCCUGCAGCUUGCAGAGUUAGAUGAGAGUGUCAUCUAUAUUGUAUACUUGUUUGUACUUUGUAUGCAUCAUCCCCCAACCUUUUUUGCUAUGACAGAAUUUGCUUGUUAUAUAGUAUCGCCGUCUUCCUCUA